AUAAUAAGUGACAUAAGUAUAGCAACACUGGCACGUCACGAAAAUGUCAGAUUUGUUGACAAACGUCCACGAAACAGCUGGGAUAUCGAAAAAUUCCGGCAAAACAUACUUAGUUUCAGGAAAUUAUAAAUACUAUCAUUACCUUUGUGAUGGAUUCGAUGACAGAGGAUGGGGUUGCGGCUAUAGAACUCUACAAACAAUAUGUUCCUGGAUGUCUGAAAAUGUUAGCAGUGAGGUGAAAGUUCCAUCGAUACGAGAGAUACAAGAUAUUUUAGUCCAACUCGAAGACAAACCACUAAGUUUCUUGGGCUCAAGGCAAUGGAUUGGUAGCUUUGAAGUAUGCCUAGUGAUAGACAAAUUGUAUGACAUUCCAAGCAAGAUAGUUCAUGUAAACCAUGGAGAUGAACUGAAAACUAUAGUGGACACUCUGGUGUCCCAUUUUGACAAGUUUGGCAGCCCGGUGAUGAUGGGCGGAGAUGUGGAUGCAUCCUCAAAGGGAAUCCUUGGCAUUCAUGUUGGGCAACAGAAUACUAGUUUGUUGGUAGUGGAUCCACAUUAUGUUGGCAAGGAGCAAACAAAGGAGUUUCUCUUUCACAAAGGCUGGGUGAAGUGGCAACGACUGACCGAUUUUAUGGACACCUCAUUUUAUAAUCUGUGUCUGCCACAAGUCAAAGCUAAGUGCAAAUAAACUCACCUUGUUAUCAGACUGAUAUUUGCAUUAAACUAAAAUGAACCAUAAUUAUUAUGAUUAAGAUUGAUUCUGUGCAAAGACUAGUGUGACCUUACCAGCACUUAGGUUAAGGCUACGUUGUUCUAUCGGCCAGACAACCUUGACCGACCGAAAGCUUACGUCUUCCUUAGACAUGUCAAACAGAUUGUUAAUUAUACUAAAAAUAUAAUAAAAAUCGUGUAUAUUCUAA